AUUACUGAACAAUUAAGCCAACAACAAAUGCAAGCUCAAGCCAACAUUAAGAAGAUACAAGAAAAGCAAAAAGAAUACUAUAAUAAAAAUAUAAAACCUAUAGAAUUUAAAAUAGAUGAUCAAGUCCUUCUAUACAAAUUGGUCAAAGAAAAG